CCUAAAACCACCAAUGACUCCAUACAGACACUAUCAAUCCGUGGAUCCCCGAUAACGAUAAGAUAAAAAUUUCCCUCUUUCAACCACCACCACCAUCAAUCAUCCUACACAACACCAUGUCUUUGAAUGUCAUCGCCCUCAUCUCAGGGGGCAAAGACUCCCUCUACUCCAUCCUCCACUGCAUCCGCAACGGCCACAACGUCGUCGCCCUCGCCAACCUCCACCCCGCACCCUCCCACAAUGCCCCUCACACCUCCCAAUCCGGCGACCAAGAACAAGAACAAGAGGAAGAAGACAUAGAUAGCUUCAUGUACCAAACCAUCGGCCACAGCAUCAUCCCCCUUUACGAGAAAGCUCUCUCCAUCCCUCUUUACCGUGGCGCCAUCGCCGGUUCCGCAGUCGACACAUCGCGCAUCUACCGUUCAAACGACCCCACCCCCACCGACUCAAACCAAACCGCCGACUCAAACGAAGACGAAACCGAAUCCCUCAUCCCCCUCCUAAAGCGCAUCCUCCAAGCCCACCCAGAAACUAACGCCGUCUGCGCCGGCGCCAUCCUCUCCACCUACCAGCGCACGCGCAUCGAAGACGUCGCCGCCCGUCUGCGUCUAACUCCGCUCGCCUGGCUAUGGAUGUACCCGUCUUUGCCGGGGGCAGAUCUCUUGGCAGAUAUGGCAGCCGUGGGGUGCGAGGCGCGCAUAGUGAAGGUCGCGUCGGGGGGCCUAGACGAAGGGUUCUUGUGGGGUGAUGUUGCGGAUGGGAUGGGGAAGACGCGGCGGUCGUUGGAGCGCGUUAUGGGGAGGUUUGUCGGGGGAAAGGAGUGGAAGGGGGGGAGGAUUGAUGUGCAAGGUGUGGAGGUGGGUGUUGGGGAGGGGGGUGUUGCGUUUUUGAGGCUGAGGGGGGCGAGGGUUGUUGAGAGGGGGGAAGGCGAGGAGGAUGGGGUUGAGCCGGGGGAUGUGAGGAGGCCGGAUUUGUUGGAUGCGCCGUUUGAGGCUGUGUUGGGAGGGUUGGAGGGUGAUUGGGAGAAGGGGUUCGCGGAGGAGGAGGAGGAGGGAGUGGUUGGCACCAUGGCGGUGCCGGAGGUCUCCCAGGCGAAGGACGGCUCGACAUGGUCGGUUUCCAACAUCACUGCGCCCGAGGCUGGUCCUGGCGCCGGCGAGCAGAUGGACGCGAUCGCGAGGAAGAUACGAGCGCUACUAGGCGAGACGAGAACCCCCUCGGAUAUCGUCUUCACAACCGUCCUGCUGCGCGACAUGGCCGACUUCCCCGGCAUGAACGCCGUCUACAACUCCCUGUUCGACAAGCCCAACCCCCCCGCGAGAGCUACGGUCGCGUGCGGAGACCGACUACCAGACGAUGUCCAGGUCAUGGUGUCGCUGGUGGUGGACCUGGGCGCGAGAGAUCUACGACUGGGCCUCCAUGUGCAGUCGCGGUCGUACUGGGCUCCGGCGAACAUCGGCCCAUACUCGCAGGCCCUGUCCAUCCCGCUACACGGCGCAGAGCGCCUCGUCUACAUCGCCGGCCAGAUCCCGCUGGAGCCGGCGUCUAUGGAACUGGCUGGGUUGGAGAAGCCCUGGGCCGAGGGGUACGCCCUACGGACUGUGUUGUCGCUGCAGCAUCUGUGGCGCAUUGGGGCGGCCGUGCAGGCGACCUGGUGGUUGGGAACGGUGGCUUUCGUGACCGGGAGCGAGAACAUCGAAACCAAGGUGAAGAUGGCAUGGCGGUCGUGGGCCGCCAUGCACCGUCCGCCAUGCGACGACGACGCGGACGAGGAAGAGCCGACGCUGGACGCGUGGGACAUCAAGUAUGGCCGUCGAGCGCCCGAGCAAUUGGAGACCGAAGACCCUACGCUUCCCGACUUCACGCUUGUCGAGUCGGACGUCCUGGUUCCGCCGUUCCUCGCCGUCCAGGUCGAGCAACUGCCGCGCGGGAGUGACAUUGAAUGGCAGGGUCUGGGCUGCCAGUGCGCCGGCUUGAAGUUGGCCGCUCAGGACCGCGACCAUGGACGCCAGACCGACACGACCACGUCCCACGGUCUGCGCUACACGGGGAUCGAGAUCGACCACGGCGCGGAGCUAGAGAAAUGUCUGCAAGGGGUACUGGCAGCCUUCUCCGAAUCCGACGGCCAACACGCUGUCCUCUAUACCUCGCAGCCGGUGUCGUCCACCUGGCCGGGGCAGAUUGUGCCUUGUCGGACCGUCUGGGGCCAGCACGGACGGAGACUGGCGGCGGGGAUCUUCUUCCAGCGACACAUUGCCACUCGCUAAGGAAAAUAUACCCCCCUUGUAUAUAGUGACCCGUUCGAACGCCUGGACUCUGAUCCAGGGAGGCGAAGUCUAUUAUUGGCAUGGAUGGUCUGAUAUGAGCCAAGAUCGGUCCCGAGAACGUGCAGUAGGAUAUCAUGACCAGCACGAUGAUUCGUGGGGAGUGAUCCAGCAGUCGCCAUCAUUGCCAUCUGUGCACGCAGUCCAU